AUGCCGAAGCCGCCCAGGGAAAGCGAGGUCUUGGCUGCCUCGUUAGUAAACAGUGUCUCCAAGGGUCUGGCUAACCUGCUAGACUUAUGGAAUGAAAUGGGCAUGAAGAAAGAACUGCAGCUGGAUCGUAUGCAGGCUGUGAAGGCCCACAUUGAGACACUGUUGAAUGACAUGAUUGAGGAAGAAAGAAACUUGAAAGAAAAAAUUGAAAAUGACAUUGAAAUGCACAGGAAGCAGUUGAAUAUAAUCAGAAGCGAACUCAAGCUGGAUUCUUACCAGGUUGGCGAAGGUUUGUCCAUGCUUCAGCUUGAGAGAGAGUUUCGCUUAGCUUUAGAAGCUGCUGUGAAAGAAAAAAGGGAGAGACUGGAGAAACUGAGACGGCUGCAGCAAGAAGAUCAGGCACUGUGUGCAGAGCUUUGUGCCACCCCCUACUACAUCCCUACAGGCAGUGUUCCCACUUCCUCGCAGCUGAUAGAACUAGAAGGACACAUUCAGAAUCUCCUGCAAGUAAAGGAGCAAAGGCUGGAAGAGUUCUUAAAGCUGAGAAGAGAAAUCAGACAUUAUAAUAAAGAAAUUGGACAUACACCAGAUAGCACACUGGAAAACGAGAUGCUGCUUGAUGGCGAAGAAUAUAUUUGCCUUACAAAGAAUAAUAUUGAAGAUCUUAAAUCACUUGUUUAUCAGUUGCAGGUCAAGAAAGGCUCCCUUACGGCCGCCCUUGAGACACUGACGAAAGAAGUGCAACUUCUGUGGGACAGACUUCAGUGGCCGCAGGAGCAGCAGGAGGAACAUAAAAGAAUUACGAGCAAGCACUCUAUUUCUGAAGCACUGAGGAUGUGGGAAGAACAGUUGCGGUACCUAGAGGAGCUGAAGAAAGAGAAAUUGAAGGAUCUUAUUUUAAAAGUCAGGCAACAGCUUGAUAGUUACUGGCAAAAAUGUUUUUAUAGCAAUGAACGGAGGGCCGCGUUCCAGCCUUUUUAUAAUGACAAUUUCACAGAAGACUUGUUGAGUCAGCAUGAUGAGGAACUUCUGGCUGUCAAACUUGAGUAUGAGAAGAACGAACUUUUGUACAGUAGUGUACACAAAUGGGAAGCCACAUGGGACCGUUUCAUUGAAUUGGAGAAAAAAUCUACAGAUCCGAGCAGACUUCUGAACAGAGGCGGUAACUUGCUCAAAGAUGAAAAGGAGCGAUCAAAGAUCCAAAAGCAGUUGUUAAAAUUGCGCGAAGACCUGAAGAAAAAUAUCGAAAGCUGGGAAAGAGAAAACGGCUCUGACUUCCUGGUCAACCAUGAAAGGCUUUUAGACUCCAUAGCUCAUCAGUUGGAACAUCACAAGCUUAAGAAAGAUCAGACAAAAAUGGCUGCAAAGAGGGAUGAAUCAGUGCCAAAAGCAGCUGUUAAAAGACCUGCAGGUGCAACUACGCCAACUCCCAGCAAGAUACGCAAGGUAAAUGGAGGCGCUAAUCUAGCUGUAUUUAAAUCAAGUAGCUGCUGUAAUAUCACACCCCAAAAUGCCGCUGCCGGCAAACCGUCUGCUCAAAUCAGAACUUCUUCCAAAAGCAUACCUCUAGAUUCCCUGCACCGGCCACCAUUGCAAGAGUGCAAGGAAAGCAUACCAGACAGUCAACUUAACUAUUCAGAUUUCAUGAAAGCCCUGUCGGUGAAAUCCAGCAGCAACGGAAUUUUCAAUUCUACAUUAAAGGAGAACUUGAACCGAUGA